AUGUUUAGGAGAACAUGCUUUGGCAUGUUUCUGGAUGUGGGGCACAUGAAUUUCUCUGGCCAGUUGGUACAUCAAGCUCUACUACGACAAGUUGUAACCUCUGCUAAAAAAGAAUCUGGUGUGAUAUUAUUCAGGUUCAAAUUUGCUGGAAAGAGGGCAACAUUUUCUGUUGCUGAAUUUGCUCUUAUCACUGGUUUGUUAUGUGGUGAUGUCCCUCCCCUGUCUAGCUUGAUUGACACUUCUGUGCAUAGGAUUAGGGACUUGUAUUUUGGUGGAAAUAAGAGCAUUGGUAGAAAUAAGUUAGAUGAAGUUUUCAUGAGUUGUGAUCCUGAACCUGGAAAGGAAGAAGAUGUGUUGAAGCUAGAUCUGGUAUAUUUUUUGGAGUCUGUUUUACUGCCUAGGGAGCGUAGUAGGAAUAUAGAUAUCCAGUGGUUGCAAUUGGUUGAUAAUGUUAAUGUGUUUAAUAAGUAUCCAUGGGGAUCUAUGAGCUAUGCACGUACCGCAAAGUCUCUUGCAUCUGUCAUGAUAUGGCUUUAUGAAGCGGUGCCGCGCAUCGGUAUGUCUUACGCAAACGUGAGGGAAGAAAACCGGUUUCCCCGAAUAUUGAACUGGAGCAGCACUGCCACUCCAGAAUCUAAUGCUAUUGUCUCCAAUAUUUUUGAUAUGAGAAAGGAAUAUUUGAGUAGUAUUGGAAGCCCCAAGUUAAAGGAGACGACCAAUGUUGUGGGGAGCUCCAAGACAAAGAAAAAGAGCUCAAAGAAGAAGAGUAAUGUAGCGGAUGAGAGCAAUGUUGCGGUGGAUGCUUUUGAGAAUUUGUUUGGAGAUGAGGACAAUAAUCGCCACAACCCUGAGAUUGAGCGAGAGGAUGAUCCAAUGGGAAGAGUUAUUGAGAAGUUACUUGGGAUAGAGAAGGUGUUGAUUGAGCAGAAAAAAAUAAAUAGGUUGUUGAGGAAUGAGGUUACAACUUAUUUUGAUGCAUUUUUCCAAUCUGUGGAGGGUAAUAUGAAGACACUAGUGGAAUUUAGAAUAGGAACUAACAUGGAGGUGGAUGAUGAGGUUCUAAGUGAUGAGAUUGAACCUCAAAACAAGGGGUUGGAGAAUAAGGAGAAUGAUGCGAAGGAGGAGGAGGAUAAGGUGGAGGAAAAUGAGGAAAAGGUGGAAAAUGAGGAGAAGGAGGAUGAUGUAGUUCAAGUAAAAGAGAAUGAGGAGAAGGAGCCGGAGCAGGAGGAGGAGGAGGAGGUGGAGAAGGAAGAAGCUGGAGUUCAAAUAAAGGAGAAUGAGGAGAAGAAGGAAAAGGAUGAGAAUGAGGAGGCCGUAGUUGGAAGAAAUGAUGCGGAGUUGCCAAGUAUGGAGCUGGAAGCUGUGGAUGAACUAUUAGAGCUUUCAAAGCAUCGGUUUACACCAGAGAAGAUAAACAAGGACUCUGAAGGAGUGGAGGAGAUUAGAGAGUCUCAGUUUCCCACAGCUACACCAGGUGGGACACGCAAGUAUACCAGAAAUAAGAAUAAGCGUGCGAAGAGGCCUGGACCACAAACGAAAACACCAUUUACCUCCCCCAGCUUCAAGAGGAGGAAACUUAUGGUGGAAAAUGAGACAGUUAAUCCAUUGACAGACGCUCCAAUAUUACAGUUGAAGCGAGCGUAUCCAAAGGAAUGGGCACGCGAUUUACUUGCUUUCAUGAAAGACAAUACACUUGAAAGUAAGUUGAUAAGUUGGGAGCCAUGUCAAGUAGACAAGAAUUGGUUUGUGGAUGCCAUCAGACCAGAAACCUGGUUAUCGGACAAGCACCUUUAUGUGGCAAUGUACCAUAUUCGUAGAAGGAUUGCCAAUAACCCUGAAGUUUUUAAGAAGAAGGUCCGGGUUACGCAAGCUUUCAUACUUUUCAAUGAAAGCAAGGAUUGUUCUUGGGACAAUGAUAAUCUGAUUUUGGACAAUGUAAUAGGAGAAAGUCCAGUGAAAUCUGUGUCUUGGUCUAACGUAGACUACGUUUACUUCCCUGCCAACUUCAACAAUGCACAUUGGGUGGUUGUAGAGAUGAUCUUGGGGGAAAGACAGAUUAACGAUUAUGACUUGCUUACAAGCUGCACAAAAAUUCCAAAAUUUAAUGAAUUAAUGCAGCCCUUGAAGUUGAUGAUGCCAUACAUAUUAAGAGCAGCUGCGUUAAAUGAUGAAAAUCUCUCUCCCUGGAAACUUAAAAGGGUAUCGUCCUGCCCUCAGCAAAAUAAUGUAGGAGAUUGUGGCAUGUUCACCAUCAAGUUCAUUGAAGUAUUAACUGCAAGCAUGCCAGUUAGUCUGAUAACUCAAGAGGACAUGGUAUUCUACAGGAAAAAGUUCACUAUGGAGGCAUGGGGUGGAGAAUUUUUAAUGGUUGGAAUUGACCAUGUUGAUCUCUCUGAGAACCGCCGCUGUGGCAUAGCCAUCAACAACUCCGGCGUCGCAUUGGCCAAACACGUCCCCGACUAUGCGAUCGACCUCUUGAUUUAUGUCUUGAGGAGAGUGUCUGCUGGUGACCGGUAUGUUCGCACCGGGUUCUGGGCCUCUGGCCUGUGA